AUGGCCGCUCUGAAAUUAAAAUGUCACGUCAACUUGUUUGACGAUGACGAAGAACCCGAUGUUGGUGAAAUUCACAAGGAUGCAGUGGUAGCGCAAAAGUCAGACAUUGUUGAAAAAGAAGUGGAGCCGGAAAAGCCGUUCGUUCGUUUUCGGCGCGUGGCACGUGCAGUGAAGUUGCUUAUCCAGGUGUGUCACGUGUGCACCAGCCUUUUGGAGAACAGCGUGUCCCAGGAGGCCUGGUUCGCCCUGGUCGACAAUCUGGCGGCGGCGGCGGCACUCACGAACGACAAGAAGAAGGGUCGCGCCUUCGUCACCUACGUCACGAACGAGGCGCACGAGCUCGAGCAGCUCAGCUUUGACGUCACCGAGUACAUGCGACAUAAGAAGGCGGAGGACUAUUUAACAGAAGACGUGCGCAGUAUAAUGAAACAAAGGCCCGGAACUCGAAGCGACGAUCAAGUACUCGAGGUAGUGAAAUGCAUGAAAAGCAUCUGCAAGGCGUUUCAAGAAUAUCCGCUCUCUAUCCAGAAACAGAUCUGUCAGCGAGCCUUCUACGACCAGUACCGACGAAAUCGAGUAAUACUACGCCAAGGUCUUGCCCCAGAUGGGAUAUAUUUCCUGCUCUCUGGCGAACUGGUGGAAAAGCCGGAGGGGCGGAAACAGCCAGAGGAAAUAGAAGCGGGGCAGAAGUUCGGGGAGGAGGAUCUGAUCUGCGGCUCCUCCCGGCGCGCCACCGUGCUCUCCAAGGACGAGGUGGAAAUUCUCUACCUCCACAGAUUUGAUUACCGAAUAAUUUUCAACAUGACUUCAGACAACUGCGACCCAAAGAAUCUGGAAAUAUGCAAAAACGACGCCGUAUUUCAGCACUUCCCAAUGCAAAAGCUGUUAGAAAACCCAGGCACGUGGAGCGCACUGAAAUACAAGUAUGGUCGAUUGAUUGUGAAGGACAGUAACGACCUUGAAUGGAUUUACGUUAUCAAGUCGGGCGAGGCACGGGUGCUCAAGCACCUGGAGCCUGGGCGCGUGGACGUGAAGGAGCGCCGGAAGAAGAUCCAGCAGCAGAUGGAGGAGCAGUCCGCGUACCACAAGCAGAACAAGAUACUUGACUUUGUGGUAGAAGGCAAUAGCAGAAAGUCUUGCUACGCCCCUUGUAACUACCAGCCCAGCGAACUGGCAAAAGCAAAGCUUAAAGAGGACCCCAACUCACCACACAGGAAGUGCGGCGGCGACUAUCGUCUACGCAGUCAGUCCGCCAUGCUGUCUAAGAAUAGGUUUCCUAGAAGAUCUGUUUCCGGGAUGCCUCACCUUCGCCCCAAAACCACCGACCCAUCCACGCGUCGAACAGAACGGUCUGCAGACGAGACUCAGGACGAAGAUAAGGAAAACACUGACGUCUCGUCCGGAACUAAAUUUGAAAGCGUUAUAGAAGAGGAAAGCGAUUCCAUGUCAGCGAAGAAGAUCUCCGCUGCUCCAGAUACUGAUCGUUCCAGUGGCUCGACAUCCAAAGGAAAGAGGCGUAACGCGAAGAAAACUGGGGAAGAAGAGGGGAUGGCGUUACCUCCCUUUGUACAAGUGGAGACGCUUCACCAAGGUCAAACUUUCGGUCUGCGGUCCUGUUUAGAGCAUGAUGAACGCGGGCCUUCUGUCAGUUUGGUGAGCGGAGACUGCGAGGUACUCGCGAUCAACAAGAAGUUCUUCAUGAAGCACUGCGAUGACGCCCUCUACAGCCUCAUCCGCCUGAAGGCCAAGCCGUUCCCCUCGCAGACAGAGCUGGUGGACCGACUGGACGCCAACAUGCAGUGGGAGGAGUUCAAACAGGAAACACUCAAGGACUUCCUCAAGCACCGAGUGCGUGUCACGAGAUAACGUUCGCGCGCAAGAAAACACGAGGGCUGAGAGAAAUCACAGGCGCGUGCUGAUUGCAUCAACAUUACCGUCUGCUAGUGGGGGAUUACCAGCCACACUGGCGAUCAAAAUGUCAGAUUGUUUACUUUUAGAUGAAUGCAUCGCGCUCUUUUCCGUGUUAAAGGGUCCGUGAGGAUCGACCGCUUGAUGUGUAUAAACCAAUAUUUAAGUGCAAUUUCACCGCACACUAUAAUAUCAUCAUAUAUCAAAUUUGAGCAUCUCCCAGCACAUUUGCACGGGACAUAUUUAGGCCUGCAAGAAUGGUCUCAAUGAAAGAGGUGUUUACAGAGAUUCAGCUAUAUUCCUCCGAAUACAUUUAGGCCGUGCUCUGUGAAAAAGGGGGUUUAAUGAAUGUGCGUAAAGUGUCGCCCCAGAUUAGUCUGUGCGAACAGGCGAAUCAGGGACGUCACUUGCCGCUUUUAUGGUAUUGUUCGUCCCUUCUUAGCAAAAAUCCAGAUUAGGCGGAAAGGGUCGCCCUGAUUAGCCUAUGCUGACUGCACGGGCUAAACUGGUCACUUUAUGUACAUGCAUUAAACCCAUUUUUCACAGAGCAUGGCCUAUUUAUAAAUUAAUUGAAGUCAUUGAAUACAGGAAUGUCCAUAUACCCUGUACAAUGUAUUUAUAUGUAAUUAAAUUUUGCGCUUAUUUUGACACAGACUUAUAAUUAAUCGAUCUUGCAGAAAAGUAGUAUUUGUACAAAAAAGAUCGGGGUCUGUCUGAUCAAAGAUCUUACGACAAAUUUUAGUAAUUCUUGAAUCUUAUAGAGAUUUGUGAUGAAUUUGUUCUUAAAACCUAAGACACACAAAACAGGUCAAUUAAAUAGCUAUACGUUGGAGACCUUAAAUAAAUUAAUAUAAUUGUUGGAGCUUACCGGUAUAUAUGAUGCUUCUUCAAAUAUUAUUUCGUAAGAUGUAUUUGUCUUAUGAUGUUUUAAAACACGGGUUUAUUAAACACUGUGUAAGUCUUAAAAACUAGCGAACAUUUUUGUACUUACCUACAUUUUAAAUUUUCGAGCAAUAUCAAUCAACGACAGAAAAAGAAAUUAUUUGUAAAGAAAUAACCAAGUGAAUAAACAUGUGUAUCAUAUUGCUGUUGAUACUAUUUUGAAAUUAAACCAUUUUUUACUAGCGUCUAAAAAAAGGCCUUGGCAAACAGCGUAGACCCAGAUACGAAGCCGCAUGAUGCGGCGUCUCAUUAGGGUCUGCGCUGUUUGAUUUAAGGAAUUUCUGUAAGAAAUGUUCUAAAUAUUGAAAUAAAUAUACUAGACAUCCCUAAUUUUGGAAUUAAAUUGAUCCAAUUUAGAAGGUUGGGAGAGUCCACUAGGCAUCAAUGGGUUUAGUUCAGUUAUAUUAAUCUUGUUGCAUGUGUCUGUAGAACAUAUUGUUAUUUAUUGCAAUGAACGAUAAUGAUACAGAUACAAUAAUAAAUGACAUUAACCCAUUUAUGCCUAGUGGACUCUCCCUCUCUUCUUCUAAAUUGGAUCAAUUUAUUUCCAAAAUCCCUAAUUUUGGAAAUAAAUUGAUCCAAUUUAGAAGAAUGGGAGAGUCCACUAGGCAUAAAUGGGUUAAUAACUAGAGGCUUAUUGCCUCCAUUUUAUCUUCAGACCAUUCAAUAAAAUCACAGUCUUUUUUAAAAAUCAGAACUAUCUUCCUUUGUCAUGUUUUUUGCACUUCAUGUCUUUUAAUUAAAUUGCCUUAUUUCCUAGAUCGAACGCAUUCGGGCGACAUUUCUUCGUGUGUUACAUUACGCCAUACCGUCAACUUAAUUGAUUACAAUUUAAAUCAUUCGAGAGACAUGUCUUCGUCAGAGGUAGUUGCCGCUGAACGACAUCGAUCUGUAAACAUAUUUGUAACCGGCUGAUUCAGAGAAACGAGAGGAAAUUCAUUUUUCCUCUAAGAUACAGCCCGCUUAUUGUUGCUAUAGUGAUCUUCACAAUGUAUUAUACAUCAACGAAAGUCAUGGUUGUUGGCGUCGCACUGAAGUGCGGCGACUCGUAUGUAAUACUAUUUUUUUUCGCUUAUGGGAGAAGUUAUUUUACGGAUCAAUGCAUAUAUUUUUGUUGUCAGAAUAUCUUGCAUAGUGGUGAUUUUUUGUGUAAAUUAGUGUAAAUAAGUAUUGCAUUUAUGCCUAUUACAUUUACUACAACAUUUAUUGCCAAUAAUGCAAAGCUAAUUCUUUUAAUUAAUAACAGAUCACAGGGACUGGGCAAUAAUAAAAGAUCACAGGGACUGGGCAAAUACGCGAACCGGUGAAACUUUCUGGUUUUGUACAAAAACAAAACAUAAUCAAAUCAUAUUUAUUUUGUGGUUUUUGUAACAAUAGCGCAGACUUUUGCUGUUCGAGUUUUGGUUAAUGCGUAUUUUCUUCUUUACAAGACGACAGCGAUGACACGGUUUAUUGCUUUAUUGAUAACCGUUACACUACAGUCACUUAUUAAUAUCUUAGUAAGAAGGUGAUUUUUCAAGUGGUUCCGUAGUGUAGUGGUUAUACGCUCGCAUCACAUGUGAGAGGCCCAAGGUUCGAGCCCCAGUAGCAUCAAAUUAUUUUAUUUGUGUUCUAUGUUAACUUUUGUUUUGAUGUAGACAUUUUAGUUUGAAUAAAUAUGCUGUUUUA